AUGGAGGGCCGCGCGCUGAAACUAGCACUGCGCUCCUCCAAGGAAGGUGUGCUUUCCACUGCGCUUUCCACUCUGCGGGUAACCUUUGUUGCAGAGCAGAUGAUUCACAACAGCGAGCCAGUUAUGGGGAAACCGCAGGAUGCCCCAAGCUACGAGGGACCCGAGGAUCACCAGCUGCUGGCAGGCGUGGUGCGCAGUCUGCAGGCCAAGGGUCAAAGUUGGGCAGAGUGGCUGGAAAGAAGGGGCGGCAGCGCGUCCGCCCGAGAUCCGGCAAGGCAUGAGAUCGGUGCCUUGAAAGCCUUCCUGGAGGACUGUGGAUCUGGAGAUUUGGGGAGCCAAGUUCUGCGCAACGACCGGAAGAGACGGAAGGCAAAGGAGCAGCUCAAGGAAGCCCUUGGCAGUGAUCCGACCGCUAGUCGCUUGCUGCGACUGGUGGAGCUCACAAGGGCUCACCCAAACUUCGGCCUCUUCUUCGGACUCGCCGGUCUCGGGGAAGGGCGGAGAAGGUCCCGGGCGGCCGCGCCGGACCCGGAGGCUUUGCAGGCAGAGGACGUUCUCGUGGCGGUGGACUGCGAGAUGGUUUCCACGGAUCUGGAGGAGGACGCGCUCGCGCGCGUCUGCGUCUGCAACGCCCGGGGUGAGCUGCUGCUUGACAGGCUGGUGAGACCUCCCGGGAAGGUCACAGAUGCUCGCAGCAGUAUCACCGGUAUCGAGGCGAAGGACUUGGAGGUGGAUUACCGGCUCGAAGAUGCACAGGCAGACAUCCUCGGCCUGAUCCAUCCAUUGACGGUGGUUGUAGGUCACACAUUGCACAAAGACCUGGACGUGCUCCGGCUCGACGCACCUUUGGUUUUGGAUAUUUCCCUGUUGUAUGGAGUGGAGGGUCAACCAAAGCGGCGACCCGCAUUGGCACAGCUGGUGCAGCACAUACUUGGUCAGGACGAUUUCCGUGCCACUGGGACGCACGACUGUGCCCAGGAUGUGCUCGUAACGAUGCAGAUUGCUCUGCAGCGACUGAGAGGCACUGGGCGCUCCAAAGAGAUGCCAGCAAUGGUUUGGGUGCCUCCGCCCCCUGCAAGCGAUUCAGACCUGCAGGCAAGGACGCUGUUCUUGCAUCGAAUACCGCGGCGAGCGGAGGCGUUUGGUGCCAUUACGAAGCUCUUCACCUCCUUACGAAGCGAUUUGGCGUCUCAAGUGGAGGGCAUCACGAUGGUUCAGGGAUCGGAAGUAUCCGGAACAGCCCUGCAAGGUGCCAGGGCCUUGUUCCUGUCUGCAGAGGCAGCAGAAAAGGCAUUUCUGGCACUUGCGGCCGAGUCUAUCGAAGUUGACAAGGUCCAGCGGCCGCAGAAGAUGGUGCGCAUCCACUUCGGAGACCGGGACACUUUGAUUUGUGUUCGGCCAUGCCUGGGUGGAGUUGGCAAGGCUUCCCUGGCGGCUCCCCAAAGUGAGAAGCGUCUCCAAGCCGACGUACCAGAGGCGAGGCCGGUGAAGACGGCACGUAAGGCCGCUGCCAAGGCCAAGGGUUGGCCUGGGUGGCGGCGAGCCGCCGAGGAGGCGCUGCGGGAUUCCGGUGGCUCGGCCCCUUGGAAGGACUUGCUGGAGGCCAUGGUUGCCAGGCGACGCACGCAGGCGGGGGGCCGCCCUGGUGAGGCCGAGGAGAGCCGGGAUGUGUUGGAGCUGCGAGCGCUGUCCGCCUUGCCCGAGGAGUAUCUCAGUGAUGCCGAUCCGAUGGUGCGCCAGGGGCAGCACAUGGUUCGAAGCGACGCUCACCCACCGCUGCACGAUGGCGAGCGGCAGGACCUGAUGCAUGCCACCAUCCUGGACAUGCAAGUCUCCAUACCCUGUCUGCGCACAGCCUUGAGAUCCAGAAGUGAGGACAAUGUCCCGCCGUCUCCGUCGUAUUCCACAAAGUGGUGCGACGUUAGAGAAGUGGAAUCCCAGCAUUCUGUUGCGCUAGAGCAGAGACGAGAAGACGAGGCCAGCAACGGCCAACUUGCAUUCUUUGCAUUGGUGGCUUGUGUUGUGCCUGCUUGGGUGACCGGCCUGACUCCGAGGGCUUUGCAGCUCAUAUCAGCCCCCGUCCAGGCAGGGCUAACCUUUGACACCGCUGAGGCUCAUCACAUGCGUCGCUCGGGGCGAACGCAUCAGCUCGGAGAAGCAGCAGAUGCCAGGAGCCAGGAGGUUCAGGAGUUUCGAAGUGCAUUUCUACGACAGACAGCGACUAGUGCUUUGGUGAAGCCAAGUCAAGAGAUCUAUCAAACUCCACGGGCACUUACAGAAAGGGCUUCAUCCAAGAGAACCUCGAGCAUCAGUGACACUGGCCAUGUCCAGAGUGAUACGGCAGCACACCUCGAUGCAGUUCACAUGGAAGCCCGAAGCGGCAACAUGGAGAGCUCCAGCUUGGAAGCAGUCGACCUCGCGCGUUUCGAUCGCGAGCCUGCUGGCAACUUGGGAAAGCGCUCAACUUCCAAGACGUCAGCGGAUUCAGACAGCAGCAGGUGGAAAGUUUCAGCCAAUGGAGGAAGCUCGCUGGAAUGGCGAGUGGCAGUGAACUUGCACCGGGCAGACUGUGAAGAUGAUGCAGACGUCGCGGACAUUUUCUCGUCACAAGUCGGACAACCACUUGAAAAGAUUCCGAGUCAAUCUCCAUACGAGUCUCCAGCAAACAGUCCUCCCGCUGUAAGCCCCAUGCCGAGUGGGCGUGGAGAAGGAAGCCUCAAGCAAGCCGAACGGCGAGCCACCGAGAGCAGGCUGCAACUGCCAACGUCAGUUUCACGCUCGCCUCGAAGUUUGAGCCCUCCACAGGGGUCAAACAGGGACUUUGUGGAUGCCAGGUGGAGAGCUCGUCAGGAGAUUUCGCCCGCGUUGGAAGACUACAUCACGUGGCUGGAGGCGCGUCAGGCGCCAACGCCUCAACAGUCGCCGCUUGCUUCAGGUCAGUCUGGCCGAAAGCACAGCAGCACUGUGAACAGUGCGGGCAGCAUCCUCUUCCCGGAGAGGCUUUCCCCCCAACCUGGUAAUUCAGCCAGCCUCGCCAAUAGCCUUGCAAGCAGCAUGGCCAAUGAGCUUCUGGGGAGUCGUGCAUUGGCAUCACGAUCGCUUCAGGAAUACAUCCUCUGGCUGGAGGUACAGGAUGCCAAAGCGGAAAGUGGAAGGCGUUCCAGUUUGACAAUCAACAGUCUUGCCAGUUCAAGUGCUGUCGACUUGCAGGCGACGUAUGAGGCAGAAACAUCGAGAGCUGUGGAAAAGUAUUGUGCUUGGCGUCAACUGCAGGACCAGGAUGGUGGCAGGCUCAGGCACCUGGACAAGCGCGGCAGCAACAGGUCCGUUGAAAGUGCCGCAUCAAAUCAGCUGCCCUCGAGUCCAAGCUCGGACGCAAUUCAGCGGCUGCUUGAGGAAAGCGGUGGGAGCGCACCUGCACUCAGAGAGUACCGUCAGCAGCUGGGCUUCUCCGAUUCGUCGGGCUCGUCAGGGCAACGAGGCGACAGCAAGAAGAGAGUCUACACCGUUAUCAACCUCCCACCUUUGGAUGAAGUCUCAGACGACAUGAUCGAUGGUCUCUUCGCGAGCAGCGACCCGAAGCAGAGCUCGGGUAACAACACCUCCUCCGCGAACCCCUUGUCAAUCAGUUCUGGCUCGCGCUCAACCGCGCGUGCGCAAGUGCUGUCCAAAUCAUCCGACGGAUCUGGGUCUGGCUCGAGUAUGCGCAAAUAUGUAGACCCUCGAUGUCUCUCGAGCUUUGGCAGUGACAGUUUCUUGGAUGAUCAGAUGCUGAGCAGCGAGGGCAAAAGUCAAAGCCUUGGGCAGAUGGGCCGCCAACGGCUACAGACUGGCCAUGCUGCGGUGCACAGGAACGGCUGUCAGGAAAACGGUGCCGUCGGAAGCGAUGCACCGCCGCAAAAUGCGAGAGCCUCUGGCAGUUUUUACGGCAGCGGGUCGGUGAUCAAGCAGGAUGCAACAUGGCCAUCAGUGAAUCCUGCGAAUCUCAAGAGCUUCGAGAGUGACGCAUGCGCCGACAAUCCGCGCAACGAGAGCUCUGCUUUGUCGAGCCUGCAUGAAAUUGUGAGCAGGUCUGUGGUGUCAGUGUGUGGCCCAUAG